CUCUCUCAUCGCCACGAGCUACGGUCUCAUAAACGUCAGCCCUAAAAAGAUAAUGGGCACCCUGUACAGAUGGAAACAGAUAGACUUCGUUUACCCUUCUACAGCAGAAAGGCAGAUGGCUAUAAACAACGGACUAUUCAACCAAACGAACGUAAUUCCAUUGGGCGUGGAAAGAUGGAAGGAUCGACUUUUCAUCAGUACACCAAAGUGGAAGAGAGGAGUGCCUGCUAGUUUGUCUGUUCUGCCAAUACACGCUGAAGUUUCUUCUCCCGCUUUGAUCCCUUAUCCUAGUUGGGACUGGCAUAACGCAGUAAAUUGCACUGGAUUGACAUCGGUAUUCCGUAUGAACAUCGACCACUGUGGAGUUAUGUGGGUACUGGACGCUGGCCAAGUGGAAGGUUUCGAAACUCCAAGACAACUUUGCCCCCCAACUCUGUACGCUAUCGAUUUAAGCACAGAUACUGUAAUGGGACGGUAUCCUAUUCCGGACCAAUUCGUCCUUCAGGAUUCCCUUAUAACAAACCUUUUAGUGGAUUCUAGGGACGCUCGUUGUAGAGAUCUUCAUAUAUACAUUGCCGACGCAAGACGUUUCGGUCUCAUAGUCUUCAGAGCUUCUGACUUAGCAUUUUGGAGAUUUUCACACUACACCUUCUAUCCAGAACCAUUAUUGUCCAAUUAUACAUUGCAUGGUGUAAAUUAUCAGUGGUCUGAUGGCUUGUUCGGGAUGUCCUUGGGCAGAUUUCAUCAAAACGAUAGGCAGUUAUAUUACCAUGGAAUGUCAAGUUCUUUAGAAUUCGUAGUGAAUACAUCGGUGAUAAGGGAUCCGUCUCGUGUGGACGACUCCGUGGCGGAGUUCAAGUUGCUAGGGGACAGUCGAGGCGCUGACGGUCAGGUCUCCGCCGCAGCCGUUGACCGCAACGAUAUUAUGUACUUUAACCUUGUUUCACGUGACAGUAUCGGGUGUUGGGACACUCGCAAACCAUACAAAAUUGACAAUCUAGGUAUUGUAGCGCAAAAUAAUAACACUUUAGUCUUCCCUAACGAUCUACGACUAGAUCACGAAAUUCCACAGUAUGCGUGGAUAAUAACGAAUCGGUUGCCGAUGUAUCAGUUUAACUUACUGAACCCACAAGAAUACAAUUUCCGUGUAUUAUAUUUAGAUUUAGCUGCAGCUAACGGUGUUUGUCAACCAUCAUCACCAGCAAAAUAAGCAAAUGCCUUUAACUCUAUUUUUUAUUUUAUAAUCCAUUGUUAGAAAAUGCCUUCUUUACUUUAGUAGUGUAUUUUUGUUUUACAUAACUUUAUUAUUAAUUGUGUCAUCAAAAUAAAACCGUUUUACUUAGAG